GCGGAGGCAGAGGCGGAGGCGGCACCCAGGGGCCGGGGCAGAGGAGGCCGGGACCAUCGCAGUGACAGUUUAUUUUCCUGCGGCGGCGGCGGCGGCAUCAGGGACGGCUGCUGCAGGCUCGGGAUCGCCAGGCCUGCGCGUGGGUUUUCGAGGGAGCUCUCUGCGCUGGGCGCUGGGGAGCUACGGCAGCGAAAGGGAGGAGGAAGAGAGGAACGCACAGAAGCCAAACGAGUGAAGGUAGCAAAGCUCCAUCAGUCCUCAGAGAAGCGGAGGAGGGUCGGCAGAGUAAAGGGAGCGGGCGCCUGCUCGCUGGGUCCCCUAUCACCCUACUGCAGUGCCUUCUAGCAAAAGCCACCGCGGCCCGGGCUGCAGCGGCCAGGCGGAUGCCAAGACCACACGGCAGGCGCGGGAACAGCCGCUGCAGUCGCCAUCCCACGCGGGCUCCGGACAUCAGGGGCUGCUGAUGAAGUGAUUGAGAAGAAACGAUAGACACCAUCAUUUUGUAGACAGGACAACAUGGAUCAGCCGUUAACGGUGAAUUCCCUGAAAAAGUUAGCCGCCAUGCCGGACCACAGGGAUGUUUCCCGCAGCCCGGAAGAGCGAGUCCGCGCCCUAAGCAAGCUGGGUUGUAAUAUCACCAUCAAUGAAGAUAUCACUCCGCGCCGCUACUUUAGAUCCGGAGUAGAAAUGGAGAGAAUGGCGUCCGUGUAUUUGGAAGAAGGAAACUUGGAAAAUGCCUUUGUUCUUUACAAUAAAUUUAUAACUUUGUUUGUAGAAAAGCUUCCUAACCAUCGAGAUUACCAGCAAUGUGCAGCACCCGAAAAGCAGGAUAUCAUGAAGAAACUGAAGGAGAUUGCAUUCCCAAGGACAGAUGAAUUGAAAAAGGACAUUUUAAAGAAAUAUAACGUAGAAUACCAAGAAUAUUUGCAAAGCGAAAACAAAUAUAAAGCUGAAAUUCUCAAAAAACUGGAGCAUCAGAGAUUGAUAGAGGCAGAAAGGAAGCGGAUCGCUCAGAUGCGCCAGCAGCAGCUAGAAUCGGAGCAGUUCUUGUUUUUCGAAGAUCAGCUCAAGAAGCAAGAAUUAGCCCGGAGUCAGAUGCGAAGCCAGGAAACGCCAGCACAGUCAGAGCAGGUUGAUGGGAGUGCUUUGUCCUGCUUUUCCACACACCAGAACAAUUCCUUGCUGAAUGUAUUUGCAGAUCAGCCUAACAAAAGUGAUGCAACCAAUUACGCUGGCCACUCGCCUCCCGUAAACAGGGCCUUAAAGCCAGCUGCAACUCUAAGUGCUGUUCAGAAUUUAGUGGCUGAAGGACUGAGAUACGUCGUUUUAUCAAGAGAUCUUUGCCACAGAUUUCUGCUCCUGGCAGAAUCUAAUACAGUGAGAGGAAUAGAAACCUGUGGAAUACUCUGUGGGAAACUGACGCAUAAUGAAUUUACUAUUACCCACUUAAUCGUGCCCAAACAGUCUGCGGGACCAGACUAUUGCGACGUGGAGAAUGUAGCAGAAUUAUUCGGUGUUCAGGAUCAACACGAUCUCCUCACUCUGGGAUGGAUCCAUACACAUCCAACCCAAACUGCGUUCUUAUCCAGUGUUGACCUCCACACUCACUGUUCUUAUCAGCUCAUGUUGCCAGAGGCCAUUGCCAUUGUCUGUUCACCGAAGCAUAAAGACACCGGCGUCUUCAGGCUCACCAAUGCUGGCAUGCUUGAGGUCUCCGCUUGUAAAAAGAAGGGCUUUCAUCCACACACCAAGGACCCCAGGCUGUUCAGUAUAUGCAAACAUGUGUUGGUAAAAGACAUAAAAAUAAUCGUACUGGAUCUGAGGUGAUAUGUUCUGAAGAUUAGCACCGUCCACGCCAGACACUUACCCAUGGACCUGUGGUUGCUGGAUUUUCUUAAGAUGUUUCCAGAAAUGACUGACAUUUUAUAUUUAUACAUUUUAGGUCAGAAAGUUUGAUAUUUAUUACUUUUGCACAUUUUGAAGCUUUCUUUUUGGGUUGCUUUGUCUCAAGAGAGGUUACAAUGGAGUUAAAUCAAUACCUAUUAAUGUGCCCAAAUACUAUGACCAGAUAAUAAAUUGUGCCGCAAACAA